UGGUGGCGCUAUGCACCACCUUGUUCAUCAGCCGAAAUCAAAAUCAAGAAGAAGAAGGUUCAAGAUGGCGGCCUCCAAGGCAUCGCGUGAACUCUUUACCGAGGGAGUUCGGGCGGUUCUUCAGACGUGGCCGGUUCUACAGAUCGCCGUGGACAACGGCUUUGGAGGCGUCUACGGCCAGCAGAAAGCUGAUUGGAUGGUGGAUGUAGUUCAGCAGUAUUUCCAUGACAACGCUGACCUGCAGCAGUAUGAGGUGGAGGAUUUUCUGUCUCAGCUGAUGGAUCAGGAGUUUGAUACGGUGGUGGAGGACGGCAGCUUACCUCAGGUGUCGCAGCGUCUGCUGCAGCUGUUCUCCCUCUGGCAGCAGGGGGCGCUGCAGCAGCUCGGCAGCACCAUCGACAUGCUGACUCAGAGCAAGACACCGAGGGCAAAGGUCACGGCUCCACCCAAGCAGUCGGACGAUGAGGAGAUCGACAGCGAAACGCAGGGCAUGGAGUGUGAGGAGUCCUGCCCAUCCCUCAGCACAAUACGUCCUCCUCCUCAGGAUGAAGAGGAUGGCUGGACCGUGGUCCGGAGGAAGAAGUAAUGAGCAGAACCAGAACUUUACAAACCGGACUUGAACUGGACUUUGCUGUGGAGCCGCCAUGUUGGGGGCGGAGCCUCCAGGAAGAUGCUGCAAACUCUAAAUGAUCCGGUUCUGAUGGACAUUUUGGAUAUUUUAUUCAGAACAUUGAAAUGGGUCAAAUUAAGCAAAAGCAGUCAAUUUAAAAAUAUUAGUCCAAUGAAAGUCUUUUCAGUUCUGAUCCAUUCUGGUUCUGCUCUCUGGUCCAGCAGAACCAGAACCAGGCGGAAACUUUUAGGAUGACGGAUCCGAUCUGAUCCAGUACCGUUACAGAACCACAUGCUGGCAUAUCAGACUGGACCCGGACUCUCUGGUUCUGACCCGGACUCUCUGGUUCUGUGCUGCUUCAGGUCAAAUUCAAACUGGUUCUGGAUGAUUCAGUUCUUUGAAGCUAAAAAUAUUAAAAUAUUUUAUUAAUAAUGCCGCUUUGCUAAUGUUGCUAACGUAAUGGACCAUCAUCUGCUAAUUAAUGUUAGCUACAAUUAGCAGCUAAUGAUGCUAAUUAGCUGCUGAAGCUUCUGCAGAUGUUCUGGAAUAUUUUCAAUAAAAUCAUGAAUCAUGGA